AUGCAGCUGCAUCAAUACACGCGGAUAGCGGAGCCUACUGACAGCGAGUGGUGGGGCAAUUAUCUGGCUGCCUACUACAAGGCCUUCAACCGGAACUAUGAGGGGUCAAUGCCAGAGAGGCUUGAAGAGUUUGUUCUGAUCCUGUUCGUUGCGGCUGGGCUGCUGGCGAU